CUCACAUUUUCCUCACACCAUUUCCUUACAUACCUUAAGCAGUUCCUCCUUAAUCUUUCUUCUUCUUCUCCUUCACUUGUUCAUUUUCCACACUUCCAAAACACCAUGGGUGCCAUCACUUACGAUAUGGAGGUCUCUUCCUCAAUCCCUCCAUCCAGAAUGUUCAAGGCCUUUGUCCUUGACGCCGACACGCUCAUCCCCAAAAUCCUCCCACAGGCCAUCAAGAGUGUUGAAACCCUUGAAGGAGAUGGUGGAGCUGGAACUAUCAAGCUCAUCACUCUCGGCGAAGGCUACGCAUAUAAGAGUGUGAAGCAAAGAGUUGAUGCCAUUGACAAAGAGAACUUCACCUACAGUUACAGCGUCAUUGAAGGCGAUGCUUUGAUGGGCAUUUUCGAUUCGAUCUCUUAUCACAUCAAAAUCGUAGCCUCUGCUGAUGGAGGAUCCAUCUGCAAGAACAGGAGCAUUUAUCAGACCAAAGGUGAUGCUCAGGUCACUGAGGAGGAAAUCAAGUCUGGCAAAGAAAAGGCCUCGGCCAUGUUCAAGGCUAUCGAGGCAUACCUCUUGGCAAAUCCUGAAGCUUGAAACUAAAGCUUCUCCCAGAGUCUAUGUUCAGAUUUAUUUGCAUGAGUGGACCUGGUUUCGCAUCAUCGGUUCAGGGUGUGAUUUUCAGUCUAUUGUUGCUUCCCAUUUAUGCUUCCGUUCAAUAAAAUGACAUUCUAUUGUAAUCUUUUGUCAGAGAAACGUCGUGAAUUAUAACGGUUGUAGUACAUUUUUUUGAUUGAGC